AGGGGCAACCUCUCCAAACAAGAGAAGCUCGACUUCAUCUCCGCAAUCAAGUGCAUGCAAACCCUCCCCUCCCAAAUGGAACCAGACUUCUACCCGGACGCCAAAAACCGCUGGGACGACUUCACCGUCGCCCACCUCCUCAACACCCCGGACAUCCACUGGUCCGGCCUGCUCCUCCCCUGGCACAGACACUUCACCUGGGUCGUAGAAACCGCACUUCGCGAGGAGUGCAACUACCCCGGUUACAUGCCAUACUGGGACUACAGCAAGUACCUCGACCGCCCCUUUGAACAAAACCCUCUGUUCGACGGCUCGGAGACUUCGAUUGGCGGGAAUGGAACCGGUCCGAAUUACUGCAUCGAAGACGGACCAUUCGUGGAUUUUCAGGUGAACAUCCCGCCCCCGGAUGACACGGCUAGCAUUCAGCCGAAUCCGAGGUGUAUCAAGCGGAAUGUGGUGGCGGAUGCCGCGGGGAAAUACUUGACGUAUUCGAAUGUUUCCGAUUUGCUCACGAAUCAUGAUGACAUUGUCUCGUUCCACUAUGAGCUCGAGAAGAACAAUGGGUACCACGUCGUUCCUCACAGCUACAUCGGAGGUCUGCAGGGGAACAUCUACCGCUCUUCUCAAGAUAUGUUCUUCUUCUUCCAUCAUGCAUGUCUGGAUCGUCUAUGGUCCAUCUGGCAAGCCCUCGACUUCGAAUCUCGGACCUACACCUUGGACUCCGACACCUACUUCCCGACCCGCGAGGUGUUCAAUCUGACUGGCGUUCCGGAGGCUCGACUCGAUAUGACAUUGUACAUGUCUCCCAUCUUCCAGAAUUACACCGUGAGAGAUGCCAUGAGCGCUACGGGCGGACCUUAUUGCUAUCAAUACGAGUAG